CCAAUACGUAAUACUGCUGUAGUUGCGUGUGGACAGGUACGGAGCGCACAUCCGCAUUAAGCGGUGCAGAAGCAGAGAGAGAGAGAGUGAGGGAGAGGGCUGUGGAUAUCAGAUAAGAAUUUAUCCAGAAAAAAAAAUAGACUCGGCGAAACAGAAGCAACUAAAAUGAAAUUAUUCCUUUCCCUGGUGGUGUGCGGGACGCUGGCAGCCCUCGUCGCGGCGGAGGAGAAGAGCUCCGCCGAGGAAGGGGGCAUCUCGUUCGAGUACCACCGUUACGAGGAGCUGAGGAAAUCGCUGGUGUCGGUGUGGCUGCAGUGUCCCACCAUAAGCCGAAUCUACACCAUCGGCGAAAGCUUCGAAGGGAGGGAACUGCUCGUGCUGGAGAUGUCCGACAACCCUGGCGUGCACGAACCCGGCGAGCCUGAAUUCAAGUACAUCGGGAACAUGCACGGGAACGAAGCCGUGGGUCGCGAGCUGAUCAUCUAUCUGGCGCAGCACCUGUGCAACGAGUACCAGCGCGGCAACGAGACCGUCAUCGAUCUGAUCCACGGCACGCGCAUCCACCUCAUGGCCUCCAUGAACCCCGACGGCUUCGAGAAGGCCGCCUCCCAGCCGGGGGAAAUGAAGGACUGGUUCGUCGGCCGCAGCAACGCCCAGGGCAUCGACCUGAACCGGAACUUUCCGGAUCUGGACCGCAUCAUCUACAUGAACGAGCGGGAGGGCGGAGCCAACAACCACCUGCUGAAGAACAUGAAGAAGGCCGUGGACGAGAACGCCAAGCUCGCCCCAGAGACCAAGGCUAUCAUCCACUGGAUCAUGGACAUCCCCUUCGUCCUCUCGGCCAACUUACACGGUGGAGAUGUCGUGGCGAACUACCCUUACGAUGAGACGCGCAGCGGCUCCACUCACGAGUACAGCGCCAGUCCCGAUGACGUCACCUUCAAGAGCCUGGCCCGCGCGUACUCCGGCCUCAACCCCAUCAUGUCCGACCCCAACCGCGCGCCCUGCCGCAAGAACGACGACGACAGCAGCUUCGUGGACGGCAUCACCAACGGGGGGGCGUGGUACAGCGUCCCUGGAGGAAUGCAGGACUUUAACUACCUCAGCAGCAACUGCUUUGAGAUCACCGUGGAGCUCAGCUGUGACAAGUUCCCUCCCGAGGACACCCUGAAGACCUACUGGGACCAGAACAGAAACUCCCUGGUCAACUACAUCCAGCAGAUCCACCGCGGAGUGAAGGGGUUUGUGCGAGACCUUCAGGGAAACCCAAUUUCUAACGCCUCCAUCUCUGUGGAGGGCAUUGACCACGACCUCACCUCCGCCAAGGACGGGGACUACUGGCGUCUUUUGGCCCCCGGGAACUACAAAGUUUCGGCCUCUGCGCCCGGAUACCUCACUGUGAUUAAGAAGGUGGCCGUGCCCUACAGUCCUGCCAUGAGGGUGGACUUUGACUUGGAGUCGUUGGUGGAGAGGAAGGAGGAGGAGAAGGAGGAGCUGAUGGACUGGUGGAAGAUGAUGUCUGAAACGCUGAAUUUCUAACGGCACAUUGCACGCACCUCCACGUGUCAGCUGUAAAAAAAAAAAAUGUUUAGCAUCAGUGUGUCGGUCACCCCAGCGUAAAGAUACUGUCGUCAUAUCCGUUCAGUCGUUUUUUGUUUGAUUGAUUAUAAAGUUGUGAUUGGAAUUCUAAUGAGCUGCUUGUAUGGUUUCUUGAUAAAUAAUUUAACAAAAAUAAUUAUGUUUUCCACUGCAAGGACAACCACAAUGGAAUACAACACAAGCGGUUUGUCACAAAAGGCACGGAAGCCAUUUUGUUUCUCUUUCCUGUGUGUUAUUGUAUUAUUUCUGGUGCACGUUAAAUCCACUUCACAAUCCAUAGAUCAGCACCAAACUGUGUACCCCCCGAUGUUGGGCACUGCUGUGUGGAAUGUAUGUGCAAAGAAUGAUACUGGUGUUUAAGCCAUUCUAAGAUUACACUUAUAUAUAAAUAUAUAAAUAUAUACGCUUAGGAAGAAGUGCAUUUCAGCGUCCUGCUCGGGACUACUUUGCUACCCGUGUAUUUCAGUGAUGAGAGAUUACAGAAUUUUGAUAUUUGCUUAAGUAAAAACGUAGACGAAUUAUAAAUCAAGUAAUUAAGAAUACAAGAAGUGAGUUUGUUCUGGAUUGUCUUUUGUUCCUGUUGUACGUUUAAGUUAAGCAUUUGAAGAAAAAAAUAGAUAAUGAUGUGGAUGACGUCAUAGCGUAUACCUGGUUGUUGUUGCUAUAUUUCCAACUUCAGCUUUGAUCUCUUUUGGAUUUAUGCUUAGGGAAAUAUUAUUAGAUUUUUUGUAUAGAAACAAGAGUUGUGUAAACUUGAGUACACCACAAGACCAAGACUUAUCACUGAAGUAGCCUGUGUCACUCUUAUAUAUAUAUAUAUAUAUAUUAUGUACUUAAAUUUUUUGUCACAGAAGAUGUCCAAAUUCUCCAUUAGUGGCAAUGCACAUAUCUGUUUUGUCAUAACGGAAUGCAGAGAAGACCUUGGGCAUUUAACAUGCACAUGCACAUGCACAUGCUCAGUGUGUGCUUGCAAGCAGACGGUCUUUUUACAAAGCGAGACACAGCUAAUAAACUCCUGGCAUAUCGGCCUUCUGAAGUUCGCUCCCUCUGCCUUUGCCGCAGAGUAGAGAAGGUCUCCGUUACGCUGGUUAUCCUGCGGUCAGAUCAGAUCACGUGACCAGCGUAACGACAGCGCACGCGGAAGACAGCGAACGGACGGCUCGCUUUACAGGGAGGUGUUUCACGAAAUAAAAUCGUUUUUUCUGUGUCCGUUUCUUUCCUCCAAUAACUGCUAACUGAGAUUUCCAUGAAUGUAACAGGAAGUAAACUGUGCUGGACAAAAGAUGAAUCACGAUGAAUUUGAAAUGUCAAAUAAAACAGCCCUCCGUUUA